AUGUCCCCUUUUUUGUACUCGAUGGUCAUGGAGGAUGGGAGAUGCCUCUUAGACGUGAUAAAUGACCCCCAGGCCCUGAACGAGUUUAUGCAGAAUGACGACCUCAGCGGAAAUGGACAGGCCCAGGAAGCAGCUAAUACAUUGGGGGGAACUCAGCACACAUUCAUGGCAAGCCCUGUCCAACAAAACAGUAACCCUUCGACCAAUGAGAAUCCAGGAAACGUCGUCAUGGCGACCGGAUCGUACGCCCACCUGGUGCAGAAAACGUCGACGCAAAGUAUCAACCAGGGACAGAACGUACUCCAGCUGGCGACAAGCCAGGCCUUUGGUGGGAACGGCGCCCCCAUGCAGUCCUUCGCCAUACCGCAGGGAGCGGUACUGAGUCAGGGGAAUGUGGUGGUGCAGCCCGGCGGCUUCACGACGGUCUCCAACGGGAGUUCCGGGUCGCAGGUCGUGCCUGCUCCAAAUAGAACGCUGCAGCCACAGUUUGCCAGGACUCCGAUAGUUCAGCAGAACACACUGCAGCAGAGAAAUGCUGCAGGACAGCAGGCUUUGAGUUUUCAGGCUGCGUUCGAAAAAGCCAUGCUGGCAAACAAGGCCAAACAGAGUCACCAGUCCAGCACUCAACAGAACCAACCUCUAGCAACUGUUACCCAGCAACCGAAUUUGAACCAACCAAUCCUGCAGCAGAACAGCCCUCAGCAGAUUCUGCAGCAGCCAAUCAGCCAGCAGCAUCUGCAGCAGACUUUUUCUUCCCAGCAGCCCUUGCAACAGAAUAUUUCCCAGCAGUCCUUGCAGCAGAAUAUAUCCCAGCAGCCCUUGCAGCAGACUAUUACCCAGCAGUCAGUGCAGCAGAAUAUUACCCAGCAGUCCAGUGUGGUACAGACUGUGAAUUCUGGGAGUUUGCAGCAGAACGUAGUCGGGCAGGGCGGCACAAAAACAAUUUCCUCACUUCAGGCCCUGCACAACCUGAACAUUGUCUCCCACCCGUCUGUCCAGUCAAGCAGCGUCUCCAUGGCGAUGCCUGCCGUAUCCACGGCAACCGUCACCAUGGCAACGGUCGCCACGCCAACCAGCGGAGGUCAGCAACGCACCAUCCACAUCCAGCCCAAACCGCCCGUAGCGAUCUCGCCAAAACUGUUGCCAGCUUCGUCAAGACCCCUUGUGAACAUCAGCCCCAAAACUUCCCUCCCUGGUUCCCAGACUGUGCUGCUGCAAGGAGGGAACGCGCAGGGGGUGGCUCCGAACAUUAACAUUGCGAAUCUGGUGACCUUGCCUGGUUUAAGGGCACCACAAGGAGUCUUGGUCCAGGCCCAGUCUCUUGCACAGCGGAUCAGCAAUGUGCAGAGGGCACCAAUCACUACACAGUAAAUUAUUAUCACCACCACGCAGGCCAGUGUCACACCACAACAGCAGCAACAGCAGACAGCGAGUCCGCAGACCAACAUCCUGCUGCAGGCAGCACAGCAGAGCAACCUGAUGCCUCCAGGACCUGUGCAGAACGUCGUACCUAGCAGUGGCACGCAGCAAGGCACUCCACAAAGUAAUGUUCUCCAACAACAUGGGGUGACGUUGGUGCAGCGAGCGUCGCCGGGUGUGGCCAGCGUUCCCCAGCAACAGCAGGCCGUGCCGCAGCACACCGUUCCGCUGCAGAUCGCACCGCAGUCGGGAAGCCUGCAGGCUCCCGUCUACAUCACCACGCAGUCGUCGCCGUCUCCGGCAAACCUGCAGUCAGCACAGACACCGCAGCUUAGACCUGCAACACCUCAGCAGACACAGACAGCCAGCACCAGCAGUAGAACCAACCUGGCAGCUCUGUCCAUCGCGCAGCAGAUCCAGGACCAGGCCGCGGCGCAGAGUCGCAGCGGUCAGGCCGCCAUUAUACCGCAGAAUCUGCUGCAGAAGGGCGCCAAAAUCCUGCCAGCAAACAUCGCACAACAGCUGCUGCAGCAACGCAAACUAACCGACCAACCACAGGGCGCCGCGGGAAACCCUCAGCUUGUUGCAGUCAACACUUCUCAGCCAGCCUCUACCGUAACCACAGUAACGAUGACAACAGUUCAAACCUCAGCAGUUCAGCACACGGUGUCAACGACCUCAUCUCAACCACAGGUUUUGGUGACGACAGGAGCUGGAGGGCAGCCACGUCUGAUCGUGACUCUUCCUCAGCAGCCACUACCCCCUCAGUUCCAGCAGAGAGAAGAGAAGAACAUGCAGCUAUACCAGCAGGCACUCAGGAUUCAGAAGGAAAGACAGCUACAACCUGGGACAUCGGCCUCAGCACAGAUUGCGGGUACGACCAUCGUGACCACACAGAUACCGUCCGGCCAACAGCAAGGCCUGUUGGUGCAGCAGCAGGGCAUCAUGGGACAGCAGCAAGGCAUGCUGGGACAGCAGGUAACGUCUGCCGGGAGUCAGCAGACCAUUCAGCUCAACACAACGGGUCAAGGGUCGGGUCAAGGGUCGGUUGGACAGCAGAAUUUCAUUGGGCAGCAGGUACUGUCGGGUAUAGUACAGCAGCAGGGCAUUGUGGGUCAGCAGCAAGGGAUUGUGGGACAGCAGCAAGGGAUUGUGGGACAGCAGCAAGGUAUUGUUGGACAGCCGCAGGGUAUUGGUGGCCAGGUGCAGCAAAGCAUUGUGGGUCAGCAGCAGGGAAUUGUGGGACAGCAGCACAGUAUUGGUGGCCAACUGCAGCAAAGCAUUGUGGGUCAGCAGCAGCAAGGUAUUGUGGGACAGCAGCAGCAACCGGGUGUGGUGAGCCAACAACUGCAAGGGAUUAUGGGCCAGCAGCAGAGCAUUGUGGGCCAACAACAUCAGCAGCAAGGUGUUAUGGGUCAGCAGCAACAAGGAAUGGUGGCACAGCAACAGCAAAGGAUGCUGGGCCAACAACAGCAGGGAAUUAUGGGCCAGCAACAACAAAGCAUUGUGGGUCAGCAACAACAAAGCAUUGUGGGCCAGCAGCAGGGCAUUGUGGGCCAGCAGCAGGGCAUUGUGGGCCAGCAGCAGCAGGGCAUUAUGGGCCAGCAUCAGCUGAACAUCGCGACUCCGUCCCAGGUGCCCACGAGCCAGCAGUCUCCGGCGAAACCAGUGGCGCCGCGGCCGAUUGCAGCCAGCAGUCCCCAGCAGCCGAUAGUCACACGGGCGGCAGGACAGGCACAGAGCACAGCACAGAACCCUACCGGAGUGACAGUUGUGCGGCAGCCGGUGACGCUGAAUGUCCAACAGGGGAAACAGUUCAUCACCUUAACUCUGCAACAGCAGCAGCACCUGGCUGCCAUACAGGCCAAGCUGAGGACGAUAGUGACACCUGGGAAACAGCUGUCACCGCAGGAGAAACAGGUGGUGCAACAGCUGCAGGUGCUGCAAAGCCGCAUCUUACAACAGGCCAAGGCACAGACCCAGGCCUUAGCCCAGAAUGCAGCAGGCCAGGCUAGCCUAGCGCAGGCUGCUCAGAAGAUGACUCCCAUCGCUCAGAAGCCUGCAGCUCCAGGCAACACUCAGGCUCAAGGACAAGGUACGAUCCAGCAGCAGCGUCAGCAGCUGAACGAGCUCCUGAAGACCCAGACACAGGUCAUCCGCACGACCCAGGGGUCAGGGGUCACGGGGGUCGUGUCAGGGACCACCAGCGGGGUCACAGGUCAACCCACCCUGGUCAAACUCCAGCCACAAGGGGCACAGGGUCCUGCAGCAGUGAUCCAGUUGACACCACAGCAGAAGGCCACACUGCAGCAAAUCCAGCAGCAGCUGAAAACCCUCUCACCGCAGCAGCAGCAGCAGUUCUUAAAGCAGCAGCAACAUCUCAUCCUGCAGCUCAAGAACAGCAAGAUUGCCAUCAGUCCGGCUGCUCUGAGUGCAGCGAACGCAGGAAACACGGGUACAGGCGUGGCAGGGCAGCAGCAGCUGGUCACUGUACUCAAGCAACAGCCUGGACAGACCAUUGCAGGGAAGUUGGUCCAGUCUGCAGUACAGGGUAUAAAGAGACCGGCGCCGCAGCCCUUGUCUAAAACUGACCUCAUCAAGAACAAAGGAAAGCUGGACCAGCAGGGCUGCCUGAAACCUGACUACAAAACUCCAUUCAGGAACAAAGAGGACGCCAUCAAGAGACUCCUGCCCUUCCAUAUCCACAUGACAAGGGACAUAGAGGACAAGGAGAUAGACAAAGCUGAAGUGAUGUUAGAAACAGUUUCCCAGUCGCUGGUGGAGAAGUAUCACAAGAUGAGAGACAAGUAUCACCACCUCCUGCUGCAGGAGAGCAUGAGGACAGACCCGUCAGCCGAGAUGGUGAUGCUGUGGAGAAUCUUUGUCCACGAGGAGAAGUCAGCGCUGGCACAGGAGAAAAAACUUGCUGUAGAGGGAGCAGACGGCACUCCUGUUGCUGUUCCUACAAGCAGCACAACAAGUCAGGAGACCACAGAACUUCCAGAAGCCAUCCCACCGGUGGUUGGUACAGCUACUACAGCCUACCUACAACCCUCAGCACCAACCAACACCUUCCCAAAGGGUGCUGUAACUGUUACAACAUCCAGAUCACAGACAACCUCCAUAAGUCUCAAGCCACACACAAAUACUGGACAGGGAAGGAGCUCUACAACAACACCCCAGGUGGUGACCCCUGCUGUUGCCAAGGGCAGGGCCAUCGCCAUGGAGACUAAAGAACCCGAUGACGACGAAGACAGCGAUGAUGAUGACAUUGACCUUGCAGGCACAGUUCAAGGGUCAAGUUCAACGUCAGCGUCGUAUCUCAACAUUGACAGUUCGAGUAUCGUAGACACGGUAAAAGUCACGAGCCCCGCGAGGUUAAAGAGCGAAUCAGAAAUGGCGGUCGCGAGUCUCCUUGGCGACGAGGAUUCCGGGGACAUCGACAUCUUGAACUCUGACAUCGCGAACUCUGACCUCCCCGAGGACCCUGGGGUCGACGCGGUGCGGAGCCUGACCGGCGCGUUCAGCCCGACGGGAGCCGGUCGGCAUGGCAACACCGUAAACAACGACUUCGCAGACGACUCUGAUGAAGAGCCAGAUUCUCUCAACGAGCAGGUUCAAAGUGCAAUCAACAGUAUCCUUGAGCUCCAAGGUCGGGGUCCGCUGGAGGAGGAAGAUUCCCCGCAAGACGUCUUCAACCCGUUUUCUCAGGAUCCUCCCUGCUCAGCUUCCAGUGAACCCAAUAUUGAUGAAGACAAUGCGCUAGACGAGGCAGUCAAGAGCAUCUUGUUCUAAUAUCUUAGUAACAAAAAAACAACGCUGUGUCCAUUUCAUUUACAAGCUAUUCUUUCUCCAAAAUACUCUCUAGCAAAGAAGAAAAAUUGUAUUUGAAAUCCAAAUCCUUGGGGGGGGGGCCGGCCUCAAAGAUUGUAGACAAUUUUGUACAAUAAUUUCAAAUAUUGAUGAAGACAACGCGCUAGACAAAGCUGUCAAAAGCAUCUUGUUCUAACUUUGUAACAAAAAAAAAAACCUGGUCCAUUUCAUUUCUCCAAAAGAAUCUGUAUCGGUAUAGCCGGUAUAACCGCC